UUUGAUAUAAAACCAAAGCAUAUCACAUUAGAACUAACUGAAUAUUAUAUGAAACAUAGUAUAUUUAGUGAUGAAAGAUUUGAAAAUACUAUUGAUACUAUCUUAGCAGAAAAUAUAACAAAAAAU